CACCCUUUGGAAGCGGGUCCAAGAUGUGGUCACCCCUAUCCUGGCAAGCAUGAUAUCUCACAUUGAUAGAGAUGGCAACCUGGAGCUACUGGCCCAGCCAGAUUCACCGGCCUGGGCUCAAGAUCUUUGGAUGUUUAUUUACAGUGAUAUUAAGUUCCUGAACAUCCCUCUUGUGUUGAGUAACACAAGGUCCAACAACGAGAUGUCCUUCAUCCUGGUGCAGAGCCACAUGAACCUGCUCGAGAAUGCCUGCAAUGCUGUCCCUUUCAGCUGGAGGAUCAGGGACUACCUGGAGGAGCUCUGGGUGCAGGCUCAGUAUAUCACAGACUCAGCAGGAUUAUCAAAGAAGUUCGUGGAAAUCUUCCAGAAAACUCCCUUGGGCAUGUUUCUUGCUCAGUUCCCUGUGGCACAGCAGCAGCAACUCCUGCAGAACUACUUGAAGGACUUCCUGCUCUUGACCAUGAAAGUGUCUUCAGGGGAGGAGUUAACGUUUCUGCAGAUGGCCCUGUGGUCCUGCCUCAGUGAGCUCCAAGUGGCUUCAGGAACACCUGAAGAAGGGCUCUCCUUGCCCUGGGUGCACCUUGCCUAUCAGCACUUCCGGACCCGGCUACAGAACUUCUCCAGAAUUUUGACCAUCCAGCCUCAGGUUCUGAAUAGCCUCAGUCAAGCAGCAGAGAAGCACAACCUAGCUGGGUGUGAAAUGACACUGGAUGCAUUUGCAGCAAUGGCCUGUGCUGAAAUGCUCAAGGGAGACAUCCUGAAGCCAAGCCCCAAGGUUUGGUUACAGCUCGUGAAGAAUCUCUCCACACCACUGGAGCUCGUCUGUUCAGAAGGGUACUUGCAAGACAGUGGGAGCAUUACCAGAUCUGUCAUCCAGGAGGUCAGAGCCCUGUGGAACCGAAUUUUCUCCAUUGCCCUCUUUGUGGAGCAUGUUCUUCUGGGGACUGAGAGCCAGAUUCCUGAGCUGAGUCCGCUGGUAACAACAUAUGUCUUCUUACUAGACAAAUGUCUUGAAGAGGACUCUAACCUCAAAACCUACAGGCCAUUUGUGGCUGUAAUGACCACACUCUGUGAAUGCAAGGACAAGGUCAGCAAGAAGUUCAGCAGGUUUGGUAUUCAGCCGUGUUUAAUCUGCCAGGGAGAUGCACAGGAUCCCGUCUGUCUGCCCUGUGAUCAUGUGUAUUGCCUACUUUGCAUUCAAACCUGGCUCAUCCCAGGACGAAUGAUGUGCCCUUACUGUUUAACCAACUUGCCAGACAAGUUCUCACUAGCUGUUUCCCAGAGCCACAGGAAAGCCAUUGAGAAGCACGCCCAGUUCCGGCACAUGUGUAACACCUUCUUUGUGGACCUUGUCUCUACCAUGUGCUUCAAGGACAACUCUCCCCCUCAGAAGAGUGUGAUUGAUACACUGUUGUCCUUGCUCUUCAUACAAAAGGAGCUGCUGAGAGACUCUUUCCAAAAACAUCGGGAACACACAAAGUCUCUGUCUCCAUUUAAUGAUGUUGUCGACAAGACUCCUGUCAUCCGCUCUGUGGUGUUAAAACUGCUUCUCAAGUACAGCUUCCAUGAAGUAAAGGAUUACAUCCAGAACUACUUGACCCAGUUAGAGAGCAAAGCAUUCCUCACAGAAGACAAAACAGAACUGUACCUGCUCUUUAUCAGCUGCCUGGAGGACUCAGUACACCAGAAGACAAGUGCUGGCUGCAGAAAUCACGAGCAGGUUCUCAGAGAGGAAGGCAAUUUCCUUAGGACUUAUUCCCUAGAACUGCAAGGCCAGGAGUCUGUCCGCACCGCUUCAGUGGAGUACCUGCAGGAGGUGGCCAGAGUCCGCCUGUGCCUUGACUUGGCUGCUGACUUCCUUUCAGAGUUUCAGGAAGGCUCAGAACUGGCUGAAGAUAAGCGGUGCUUCCUGAAGCAUGUUGAGCAGUUCUGCACACGCAUCAACAAUGACUGGCACAGAGUGUACCUGGUGAGGAAACUCUCAAGCCAGCGUGGGAUGGAAUUUGUGCAGAGCUUCUCCAGGCAGGGCCAUCCAUGCCAAUGGGUGUUUCCCAGGGAUGUCAUUGCACAGCAGAAGGACCACUCAAGUCAGAUGGACCGAUUCCUCGUCCAUGGUGAUGAAUACAAGGCUGUCCGUGAUGCAGUGGCCAAAGUUGUGCUGGAGUGCAAGACCCUAGACAUUGGGAAUGCUCUGAUGACAUGCAGAAGCCCCAAAGCCCAUCAGACAGCCUACUUACUGCUGGCCUUGUACACAGAGGUGGCUGUUUUGUACCACCUCCGAAAUGGCAGCCUCCAUCCAGAACCAAAGCAAUUGGAGACUGUGAACAAAUUCAUUAAGGAAAGCAAGAUCCUCUCUGCUCCUAACAUCAGAUGCUUUGCAAAAUCGCUAGUGGAGAAUACUCUGCCCCUGCUGCAGACCAGGUCUGCUCACAGUAGCCUGCAGGGAACGGUGAUUGAAAUGGCCAUCCACAUGGUAACCAUACUCCUCUGUGGACAAAACAAAGUUUUGCAGCCCCUGAGGAACUUGGCCUUCUAUCCCACCAACAUGGAGAAUGCUUUUCUUCCAACAAUGCCUGAAGACCUGCUGGUUCAUGCUAGGACAUGGGAAGGCCUGGAAAAUGUCUCCUGGUACACUUGUCCCAACGGUCAUCUGUGCUCUGUAGGAGAGUGUGGCAGGCCAAUGGAAGUGAGCUUCUGUCUGGAAUGUCGUGCUCCAAUCGGAGGCCUUAAUCACAUCCCGCAGAAGGGUUUCCAUAUCAUCAGCAACAAUGAAGAUAGAACACAGACUGGCCACGUGUUGGGAAACCCACAGUCCAGUGGUGCUGCAGAAGCAUCUGACCGAGGGCAGUCCCCAGUGGUCUUUAUCCUCACCCGGCUAUUCACUCAUUUGGCUAUGCUUGUGGGAGCCACCCAGAAUCCCCAGGCCCUGAGGAAUAUCAUUAAGCCUCGGGUCCAGGACCCACAAGGCUUCCUACAGCAGCACAUCCAGAGAGACCUGGAACAGCUAACCAAGAUGCUGGGCAGGAGUGCAGACGAGACCACCCAUGUGGUACACCUCAUCCUGAGAAGCUUGCUCAAGGAGCAGCACCAGAGGGAAGUAAAUUUUAAUGCAGAUUUGUCAACCAAAAAAUACAGAAACAACUGGGAGAAGCAUUUUGAAACCCUUCUUCUACGUGAACUGAAGCAUCUUGACGAAACCUUGCCGGCUGUAAAUGCUCUCAUCAGCCAAGAUGAGCGUAUCAGUUCCAACCCUGUGACCAAAAUCAUAUACAGGGACCCAGCUACCUUCCUGCCCCGCUUGUCCCAAAAAAGUAUAGUUCAUUGCUCGAAGAUCUGGAGCUGCAGGAAGAAGAUCACAGUGGAGUACCUGCAGCAUAUUGUGGAACAGAAAAAUGGCAAAGAAACUCUGCCUGUCCUCUGGCACUUUCUCCAGAAGGAAGCAGAACUAAGGCUGGUGAAAUUCUUGCCUGAGAUCUUGGCCCUGCAAAGAGACCUAGUCAAACAGUUCCAGAACGUCUCGAAUGUUGAAUACAGCUCCAUCAGAGGCUUUAUUCACAGUCACCAUUCAGAUGGGCUGAGAAAGCUGUUACAUGAUCGAAUCACCAUCUUUCUGUCCACGUGGAAUGCACUGAGGCGGUCUCUGGAGACCAAUGGUGAGAUCAAGCUACCAAAAGAUUACUGCCGUUCUGACUUGGAUCUGGAUGCUGACUUUGAGGUCAUCCUCCCACGGCGACGGGGCCUAGGCCUCUGUGGAACUGCUUUAGUCAGCUACUUGAUUAGCCUACACAAUCAAAUGGUCUACACGGUGCAAAAGUUCUCCAAUGAAGACAACAGCUAUUCUGUAGAUGCCUCUGAGGUUGCUGACCUGCAUGUCAUCAGUUAUGAGGUGGAGCGAGACCUGACUCCACUGAUCCUCUCCAACUGCCAGUACCAAGUGCAGCAAGGUGGGGAAACCUCACAAGAGUUUGAUCUAGAGAAGAUCCAGUGGCAGAUCAGCAGCCGCUUCCUGCAGGGCAAGCCCAGGCUGACCCUCAAGGGAAUACCCACCCUGGUAUACAGACGGGACUGGAACUAUGAGCAUCUCUUCAUGGACAUCAAGAACAAAAUGGCCCAGGACCCGCUCCCUAACUCAGCCAUCAAUGCCAUCAGUAGACAGCUACAGUCCUAUAGUGAUGCCUGUGAAGCCCUGUCUAUCAUAGAAGUCACUCUGGGUUUCCUGAGCACAGCUGGUGGGGAUCCUGGCAUGGACUUGAAUGUGUAUAUCCAAGAAGUCCUACAGAUGUGUGAUCAGACUGCUCAAGUCUUAAAGGCCUUAAAUAGAUGUCAGCUGAGACACAUCACUGCCCUCUGGCAGUUCCUAUCUGCACAUAAGUCAGAACAGCGGCUGCGACUGAAGAAAGAGCUGUUUCAGGACAUUGAUGUGAAAUACAAAAAGGACCUCAGUCCACAGCACGCAAGACUCCUCAGCACAUUCCUGAAUGAGGCAGGCCUAGACACCUUCCUCCUGGAGCUCCAUGAGAUGAUUGUGCUCAAACUCAGGGGACCCCAGGCUGAGAGCAGCUUCAACCCCAAUUGGAGGUAUGGCCUUGAACAGCUGCUGGCAACCCCAACUGCAGCUAUGUCUUGUUGCUGGUGGCUUCCCCUAGACUUGAAGAUAGUCCUGCUUGUCCAAGACCCUUUUUCUGUUAACUUUCCAUGCCUUUGGUACUUUGUAGAUUUAAUUUGCUUUGGUUUUCAGUUUUUCAAGGCAGAAUUUCUCUGAAGCUCUGGCAGUCCUGGAACUCACUCUGUAGAUCAGGCUAGCCUCAAACCCAGAGAUCUGCCUCUGC